AUGAUUGGUCAAGAUUACUUUGACGUUGACGACGAAGUCGGCUUUAUCCGCUUCUACCGCUCCCUCGCCUCCGAUGACUCCCAUAAUAAUGAAACAAUUCGCAUCUUCGACCGUGGGGAUUGGUACUCAGCCCACGGCAAAGAAGCCGAAUUCAUCGCUCGCACAGUCUACAAAACAACCUCUGUCCUUCGUAAUCUCGGCCGCAGCGAAACGGGCGGCUUGCCGUCCGUCACAAUGAGCAUUACUGUCUUCCGUAAUUUUUUACGUGAGGCUCUAUUCCGGCUAAAUAAGAGGAUUGAGAUCUGGGGCUCCGCCGGCACGGGCAAAGGGCACUGGAAGAAGGUUAAGCAGGCGAGUCCCGGAAAUCUGCAGGAUGUGGAGGAGGAAUUAGGGGCAAUGGGUAUGGAGGGAAGUAACGGAGCGCCCAUUAUCAUGGCAGUGAAGCUUAGUGCAAAGGCCGGGGAGGCGCGAAAUGUAGGUGUUUGUUUUGCAGAUGCAAGUGUGCGCGAGCUUGGUGUGAGUGAGUUCCUGGACAAUGAUGUUUACUCAAACUUUGAGGCGCUUGUUAUCCAGCUCGGUGUGAAAGAGUGUCUCGUUGUGCAGGAUGUCAAUCGGAAGGAUGUGGAGGUGGCCAAGAUCCGAGCAAUAUGUGAUAACUGCGGGAUAGCGAUAUCGGAGCGCCCGGCAUCUGAUUUUGGGGUUAAGGAUAUUGAACAGGACCUUACAAGGUUGCUGAGGGAUGAGCGGUCGGCUGGGACACUGCCGGAGACGGAGCUGAAGCUUGCGAUGGGCGGUGCGGCGGCGCUAAUUCGGUAUUUGGGCGUGAUGUCGGAUGCGACAAAUUUCGGGCAGUAUCAACUCUACCAGCAUGAUUUGGCGCAGUACAUGAAGCUCGAUGCGGCGGCAUUGAGAGCUUUGAAUCUUAUGCCUGGGCCGAGGGAUGGAUCAAAAUCGAUGAGUUUAUUUGGGCUGUUGAAUCAUUGUAAAACGCCUGUUGGGAGCCGGUUGCUGGCACAGUGGCUGAAACAGCCGUUAAUGGAUCUGGCGGAGAUUGAAAAGCGGCAAAGGCUUGUUGAGGCGUUUGUCGUGAGCACGGAGCUUCGGCAGAUGAUGCAGGAGGAGCAUCUACGAUCUAUUCCGGAUCUGUAUCGGCUUGCGAAACGAUUCCAGCGAAAACAGGCGAAUCUGGAAGAUGUAGUGCGUGUGUAUCAGGUUGCUAUUCGGCUGCCUGGGUUUGUGAACUCUCUGGAGAAUGUUAUGGAUGAGGAGUACCAGACGCCGCUUGAGACAGAGUACACGGCCAAGCUACGCAACCAUUCGGCGAGCCUGGCGAAACUGGAGGAGAUGGUCGAGACGACGGUUGAUCUGGAUGCCCUCGAGAAUCACGAGUUCAUCAUCAAGCCCGAAUUCGAUGAUAGUCUGCGCAUCAUUCGCAAAAAGCUGGAUCAGUUGCGCCAUGAUAUGUACCUUGAGCAUAAGGCUGUCGCGAGAGACCUAGAUCAGGAAAUGGACAAGAAGCUGUUCCUGGAGAACCACCGCGUGUACGGAUGGUGUUUCCGUCUGACGCGGAAUGAGGCGGGUUGCAUUCGCAACAAGAAGGCCUACCAGGAGUGCUCAACGCAGAAGAACGGUGUGUACUUUACCACAUCGACGAUGCAAUCUCUCCGCCGGGAACAUGAUCAGCUCUCCUCCAAUUACAACCGCACCCAGACGGGACUUGUCUCGGAGGUUGUCAACGUUGCAGCAUCGUACUGUCCGGUCCUGGAACAACUAGCCGGCGUCCUGGCUCACCUCGAUGUCAUUGUGAGCUUUGCGCACGCCUCUGUACACGCGCCAACAGCCUAUACGAAACCCAAGAUCCACCCGCGCGGCACGGGCAAUACAGUCCUUAAAGAAGCACGCCACCCCUGCAUGGAGAUGCAGGACGACAUCUCCUUCAUAACUAAUGAUGUCUCCCUUAUCCGCGACGAGUCCUCAUUCCUUAUCAUCACUGGCCCCAAUAUGGGCGGUAAAUCGACCUACAUCCGCAUGAUUGGCGUUAUAGCGCUCAUGGCGCAGAUAGGCUGCUUCGUGCCCUGCACCGAAGCAGAGUUGACGAUCUUUGACUGCAUCCUUGCCCGUGUUGGUGCGAGCGAUUCGCAGCUUAAAGGCGUUUCUACGUUCAUGGCGGAGAUGCUCGAAACGUCAAACAUCCUCAAGUCAGCGACCUCUGAGUCCUUGAUCAUCAUUGAUGAAUUGGGCCGCGGCACUAGCACUUACGACGGAUUCGGUCUCGCCUGGGCGAUUUCAGAGCACAUUGUGACCGAAAUCCGCUGCUUUGGACUAUUCGCGACACACUUCCACGAACUCACGACACUUGCAGAUCGAUACCCCAAGUCUGUCAAGAACCUGCACGUCGUUGCAUUCAUCGGCGACGGAACAACAGCGAACGAAGAAGACGAAAAAGAGAAGAGAAAGACCCGGCAGAAGGUAACAUUGCUCUACCGCGUUGAACCAGGCAUCUGCGACCAGUCUUUCGGCAUCCACGUCGCUGAGCUCGUCCGCUUCCCAGAGAAGGUAGUCAACAUGGCGCGGCAGAAGGCCGAGGAGCUGGAGGAUUUUACGUCCGCUGAUUCCGCUGGAAAUGCUGCGUCAGCGACGAUUGAUAAGUACUCGCAGGAGGAAGUCGAAGAAGGGAGUGCGCUGUUGAAAGCGCUGCUGGUGAAGUGGAAGAGUGCAAUUGAGGAGCCGGGGAGAGAGCUGACGCUUGAGGAGAAGAGGCAGGUUAUGAGGGAUUUGGUAAAAGGGGACGAGAAGUUGCAGGCGAAUAGAGUCUUCCAGGGGAUUCAGGCGCUGUGAGCCAUCAUCCAGAGUUGUUUCUGGUCUUCGGUUUCGGGUUAUCUAUGCUUCUGUCUGCAAUGGUGGUAGGUAGUUAUGGCGUUCGGGUAGAUUCUACGCAAGGUUGUAUAGGUCAUUCAACUGCCAGGUAAUGGAU